GUUAUAUAUUUUUGUGUCAGUUUUGUGUUGCGCGUAGUUAUGGUUCAGUUACUGAUGGCUUGAUUAAUUUAUUAUUAUUUUGUUUUUAAAUUCCGAUCACGUAUUUCGGUUUGAGCUUGACCAGAAAUGGCACUGUUACCUCCCGAUCCGGUUUAUACUAUCCGUAAUGUUGACAACACGCCAGUAUAUUCGCUGGCAUUUAGCUUUCUUCCUGGCGGUCUGGAGAGGUUACUAGCCGGUUCGAAAAAUGGUUAUGUUUAUGCAUUCAACCUUCAGACUAACCGAGUGCAGCAGAAGAUCCAAGUUGGUCAAGCUCCCAUACUUCACCUCAUGCACACCGACAGUCAGCUCAUCACCCAAGAAAAAGGCGGCAAGUACAAAGUCUUUGACCUCACCAACACCGGCUACAAAGAAGAUGCCAUUGUCGACAUAGACUACCCAGGCUUUUGUAGAUUUGACGCCAACACAAAACUCAAAACACUCUAUGUACCUGAUAAAGAUUCAAAAAUUUCCAUUUAUAGUUUUGCCGGAGAAAAAACUGGUUGCUUGGAACCAGACAGCUCACUCAAGCUAGGAGACCCAAUGUGUUUGAAGUAUAUUGAGAUAUCAAGUGACAAGCAUUGCCUCCUAGCGGGUUACGAGGCUGGCUGGCUCCUCCUGUGGGAUCUCAACACUAGUCAAUGCAUCAGCAAGUUGCAAACGAAGGAAUGUCCCAUGUCCGUGGACUACCAUAUUGAACAGCAAAGAGGCAUAAUUGGCAAUGCCUCGGAUGUGAUACAGAUUUUUAGUAUAGGGAGAAAAGACUCAAGCUUGGCCCACAAGACGGACAUCACUAUCAAGAAUGCUGGAGUUAAUAAAGUCCAGUCUCGCAUGGAUGGAAAGGUGUUUGUAUCGGGCGGAUGGGAUGGGCACAUCCGCAUAUUUUCCUGGUUUUCUUUGAGACCAUUAGUUGUGCUUACGGAACACCGACAAGCCAUACAAGAUGUCUGCUAUUCUUCUCAAAAGGUCUCUUUCUGGAAUGCAAACAUCAUGGCAGCAGGCGGCCUGGAUGGUGCCAUCACACUCUGGAACUUAUACAAUAAUAAGAAUUAGUUAAAUGCAUUUAUCAACGAAAUUUAACAAUAAAAUAGACUGCCUGAUGCAAAACCGUAUAACUGAAAAAUAGUAUUUCGUAAACAAUGUUUAUAGAAUGCUUUAGAUGCUGCUACUAAAAUGAAAAAUAAAUUGACAUGUAUGUAUUCUAUGAAACUUGAGUAUGAAAUUGUGCCAGAAUUGCCUUUGAAUAAUGUAUUAAAUGUGACGUUUUAAUAUAAAAGGUAGCUGUUUGUUGUUAAGGACAAUUACUAAUUGGAUUUUUAAGCUGCAUUAAUAACUAAACAACCAACAAAAAGUUACAUUUUAUCUGAGAACUUAAUUAUGUUAAUGCUUUAAUGAUUUUUGGAUUAUUGAAUAUGAUACUGAUCAUGUAUUAUAAAAAUUAUAUUUGGAUCUCAUGAGUACAAAUGCCGGUAGAGGCGAACCACCUUGUGCGGCCGAGCUGUUAGUAAAUUAAGUUUAAAUGUUUGAAAGAUAUUUUCCAAUGGUUUUUAGUGAUUUUUUUCUCAGUAAAUCGAGGAAAUAAACAAUUUGAAUUUUAAAAA